GCUGUUAUGUCUAAGACAUUGUACUAUAUAGGCUUCUGGGGGGAUACAAAAUGUUUAAGAUGAUAUAAGAACUGGAAGUCUCCAUCCUCUCCAAAUUUAAAUCUAUUUGGGGAGACAUGAAAUGUAUAUGUGAAAAAAUAACUACAAUAUCAAGCUCGUCUCCUGUCAGUGGCUGUCAAGAAUUUCUCUUAGCCCUAGCUUAUUCCUGCUAAUGCCAAAGCAAUCAACAACUCCCCAGAUGCUUUAUUGCCACCAUGCUAGGACCCUGAGAACUCACAAGGGCAGAACAAUUUUCUCAAUUAUCAUGGCUUGACAUUUGGAAUUAACAUCUCUGACCAAAGAAUUGACCAGCAGCAACAGUCAAAUCUGGAAGGAAUUUAGAAGUGUCAGGAGGACGACGUGAAAGCAGAGGAGGGAGAGGACUUUCCUAAAGAACAAUUGACCAGGAUCAAAGAUGACUCCCCUGGUCACGGUGACAUCCUGCCCCCCAGCUAGGUUUCUUGCCUCUUUACUCCAUCGGGGAACUCAGCAGGCUAGCAAGUUUCAGCUGCACACAGGGACCCCCUGUGCUGUCAAGGACUACUAUGAGGUGCUGGUCCUGGGCGGGGGCUGUGGUGGGAUUUCCAUGAGCUCCCGAAUGAAGAAAAAAGUGGGUGCUGAAAAUGUCGCCAUUAUUGAGCCUAGUGAGAAACAUUUUUACCAGCCUCUGUGGACCCUGGUGGGUGCUGGUGCCAAACAGCUGUCAUCAUCUGGUCGUUCCAUGGCAAGUGUUAUUCCUUCAGGAGUAGAGUGGAUCAAAUCUAGAGUGGUAGAUCUGGAACCUGACAAAAACUGCGUCUACAUUGAUAGUGGCAAAGAGAUUAGUUAUAAGUAUCUCAUCAUUGCUCUUGGAAUCAAGCUGGAAUUUGAGAAGGUCAAAGGUUUGCCUGAAGGUUUUAGAUAUCCUAAAAUAGGGUCUAAUUAUUCUUCUAAAACUGUGGAGAAAACAUGGAAGGCUCUGCAGGACUUCAAGGAGGGCAAUGCUAUCUUUACUUUCCCAAAUACUCCGAUUAAGUGUGCAGGGGCUCCACAGAAGAUCAUGUAUUUGUCAGAAGCUUACUUCAGGAAGACAGGAAAGCGAGCCAAUGCCAAUAUAAUUUUUAAUACUUCCUUGGGAGCCAUUUUUGGGGUUAAGAAGUAUGCAGAUGCCCUAGAAGAAAUCAUCAAGGCCAGGGGCCUCAAAGUGAACUACCGGGAAAACCUUGUUGAAGUUCGGCCAGACAAACACGAGGCAGUGUUUGAGAACUUGGACCAACCUGGUGAGACCAGAGUGAUUUCGUAUGAGAUGCUUCAUGUCACUCCACCCAUGGGGCCACCAGAUGUGGUCAGGGAAAGUCCUGUUGCAGAUGCUGCUGGCUGGGUAGACGUUGACAAAGAAACUCUACAGCACAAGAAAUACCCAAAUAUUUUUGGCAUUGGAGACUGUACCAACCUUCCCACAUCCAAAACGGCUGCUGCAAUAGCGGCCCAAUCUGGAAUACUUGACAAAACAAUUUCCAAGAUAAUGAAGAAUGAAAAACCAAUCAAUAAGUAUGAUGGCUAUACAUCUUGUCCACUUGUUACGAACUACAACAGAGUGAUACUUGCUGAGUUUGACUACAGCGCUCAGCCUCUAGAAACUUUCCCCUUUGAUCAGAGUAAAGAACGACUCUCCAUGUAUGUUAUGAAAGCUGAUAUGAUGCCUUUUCUCUAUUGGAAUGGACUGCUAAAGGGCUACUGGGGGGGCCCAGCCAUUUUGCGGAAGGUACUACAUUUGGGUAGGAGUUAGAGAUGAACGAAGACCCGUGUUCCUGACAAGUCUCUUCCAAUACAGUGUUUUUGAUCCCCAAACCACUGCCUCCAAUCCAAAGCAGAAUGAAGGGCUUAAAGCUUAAUCCUUUAAAUAACUUGUAUCCUCAUGACAGCUUUCUUCAUCAUGUCUUUAAAAAAGCCAUCGUGCUUUGUCAGAUACUUAUUUCAUGACACAUGUGCACUGGUGUUGAUAUUGAUACCAGAAGCCCAUUAUCUUGAUGAUGGGAAAGAAAGGCCACACUGUGAUUUCUCCCUAUUAUAAAUAUUCAAAACCAGGCUUACAUAAUUUAUUUCAAAAAAGCAAGUUACAGAUCUUCAAAUUAAUCAGAGGUUUUUUAGCAUUUUUUUAUGGGUUUUAGGUGAGGCUGAUUCUUAGAUAAAUGACUAAAAUGCCAAAUAGGGACAAGCAUUGUUUUCAGGCUAUGUCUAAUCACAAGACUUCUGAAAUGGUGAGCACUCCUCUCAUCCCUUUCAAAGGUGGAAGGCAACUUCUAACUCUGUGGACAUUUUUUUGAAGCACAUUAAAUGGAUUUGGUGUGCUGGGUCUAUACAUCUUAGAGUUUCUUAUUGACUUCUUCCCAUCUCUUUAUAUGAACAGUAAUAUGGGUAUGUAUAUGCCCCCCCUCCCCCCUAUACCAUAGGUACAUGUUAUCCUUGGGAAAGAAAAACUUAGUUACUAAAGGGACCUGGAAAGGUCUCAUAAGGCUUGAACCAAGUCUUGAAGGAAGCCAAGAAUUCAAGAGGCUAAAAUGGGGGAGGAUCUAUCUAUCUAUCUAUCUAUCUAUCUAUCUAUCUAUCUAUCUAUCUGACAUGGAGGACAGCUGGUGCAAAGAUAGAUGCUUAAAAGAAUUUUUAUAUAUAUUCUUACUAUAAGUUUUUGAAGCAACACUGUGUAUUGGUUCCAAGGCAGAAGGGUGAUAAGGGCUAGGCAAUGGGGGUCAAGUGACUUGGCCAGGGUCACACACCUAGGAAAGAUUCGAGACCAAAUUUGAACACAAGACCUCCUGUCUCUAGACCUGGCUAUCCACUGAGUCACCUAGCGGACUGCUGGAGAGUUUAUAUUUGAUUCUAAAAGUAAUAGGGAGCCACUAGGGUUUAUCAAGGGGGGUGGGGCUGUGAUGUGGUUUGAACAAUGCUUUAGGAAAAUCAUUUUGGUUGCUGGGGAUGUGUUAUAAGUAUUUGAUAAUUAAUUAAGCAAUAAAAGAUUAUUAGGUAUAGGUGGAUGAAGAGCUGAGUUUGAGAGAUCUAGAUUUCUUUAAGUCAGAGUGGAAUCUUAAAAGGAUGAUGGGAAGAGAACUUUCACAAGGAGCCUUGGGAAAGGCAGUUGGAACAAGAACUGAAUAAGGAAGGUUGUUCAAGGAGCUUGCUCUGUGAGUUGGAGAAAAUCUGGUGAAUUUAUUGCUUGAAAAACAUCCUAGCAGACAAGAGAAGAGUGUUCCUCUGUUUCACCAGUAGGUAACAGGAGAGAGCAGCAGCUGAGUGGUGGUGUCUGUGAGAAUUCUGACAGCCUGAGUUACAUCUGAGCUGAAGGAAGAAAUCCAGUUUUAAUCUAUUACUGUUUAUAAAAUUUUAUUUAGUUUUAGGAUAGAAAGAGAGCUAAUUGGGGAAUUUAGUUAGACAGUGUAGAUAAAAAGGAAGAUUACCUUUGGUAAUCAAGAAGCAGCCUUUUGCAAGGCAGAUUUUUUUGGGAAAUAUAGAUUAGAUCUUAUUAGUAUUAGGGAAGAUUUUACUAUAAGUAUUUCCUGCUUCUUUUUCUUUCCCUUUUCUUACCAUUUUAAGAGUUAUAAUAAAUAGGGGUUUAUAUAACUAGUCUGAGCAGGAUUUUUUCUUCAACUGCUUAGAACAGCCAUCUUUUUCUAACUGCCAACCCAGGAUUAUAUUAACUCAAGAGCCUUCCCAUAUCACUAACAACCAUUGAUAAAUACAAGUACAAAUAAAUAAGUUUCAAUAAACCCUAAAACAGGUGGUGCUGGAUGGAUUGUAGUUGGGGGAUAUUGGGGAUAGGGAGACUAUUUAGUAGGAGACUUGUAAUAAUCCAGAUAAAUCCAGAUAAGCAGUGAUAAGGACCUGAUAGGGUUGUAAUUGAAUGGAAAGAAGAAUAUGGAUUCAAGAGUUGUUUGGAAAUAGAAAUGACAAGAUUUGACAACUGACCAAAUUAUGUGGAGGUGAGUGAGAAUAAGUCCAGGUUGACACCAAUGUUGUGAACCUAGGGAACUAGAAGAGUGGUGCUACCCUUGAUAGAAAUUGGAAACUUUGGAAACAGGUGAGUUUUAGGGGAAAUAAUAAUUUCUGUUCUGGAUAUGCUCAGCUUAAAUUGCCUAAGGGAUAUCUAGUUUGAAAUGUCCAAUAGGAAGUUGAUAAUGGACCAUAGGUGAGGAGAGAGACUAAGGCUAGAUAUUUAUAUCUGAUAGUCAUCUCUAAAGAGGCAGUGUGCGUGUGAUAGGACCAAUAUCUUUCAGCAUUUUUCCCACAACAUGGAUUAAACUCACUUCUUUUUUUCUGAAACAGAAAAGUAGGGAAAAGCAGUACUGGGACCUGAUUGGCCCCUGUUUCUUGGAUGCAGUUUCCUGGUUAUUUAUGGGUGUAAAAAGUCCCAGCCACUUGAUAUCUGAACUUAUUAGACUUGGUUGAUGCCUGAGUUUCCAUGUCUUGCCUUGAUGACCUACUAAGCAAAUAUUUUCCAUUAGGAGGAGACAGGUAGGCUAUAUGUGCCAAAACUGAAGAUGAGUCCUACUAAAACCUUGUUGCAUAUACUUGGCUGUAUUAGGAUAAAGUAAGUGUAUGUGUGUUAGGGCAGCUAAGUGGCACUGUGUUUGGAAUCAGGAAGACUCAGCCUCAGAUACUUACUAGCUGUGUCACCUUAGACUGUUUGCCUCAGUUACUCAUCUAUAAAAUGAGCUGGAGAAGGAAAUGGCAAGCCACUCAAAUAUCUUUGCUGAAAAAAUUCGAAAUAGGAUCACAGAGUCAGACAAGUCUGAAAGACAACAAAACCCUUUUUAAUUGUUUAGUGUCUUAUGAAUGUUUCAUUUCACCCCCAAACUGAACCUGAUUUAAGAGACUACUGGCCAUUAGCCCUGCCUAUUACAGGUAAUUAAACCUAUGGAGGCUGAUGACGUCACCAAGUAAGAAAGUGUUGACAGAAAAGAGAAGGGGACCCAGAAUACAACAAUGGAAUAUAGCCAUAGUUAGAGAGAAUGCACUGAUAAUCUUAUGUAUUAAAAAAGACUAUGAAAAGAAGAAAAAAUAAAAGCAGGAGACAGCAAUAUGACCACAAAGAAACCUAGAUCAGAGAGAACAUCCAGAAGAAAGGCUAUUCAGUAAUGUCAAAUGCCAUAUGGAAGUCAAGAAGGAUGAAGAUUGAGACAAGUCCAUUAGAUUUGAUUAGAUCGUGAGCAAUUUCAAUUUGGUACUGAAAUCUGAGACCGCAUUGCAGAGGGUUCAAAACAUUGGGAGAAGAGAGAAAGUGUAAAAAAUGGGUAUUAGCUGCUAUUUUAAGGUGUUUGAUUGAUAAAAGAGGGAAAGUUACAGAAUGAUAGAUAACAGGGAUGGUAAGGUCUCCUGAAGAUUUUUUGAAGGACGGGGGAGGCUUUGGUAAGUUUUUAGAUAGUAGGGAAGGAACAAGCAGAUACCAAGAAAAUGGAGAGAACUUAAUCUGGGGUCUGUACUAUGCUGGAGUAUAAUGUUAAAGUAGCAAGUUUGGUUCUAAUUAUAUGUGUCCAUAUGUGCACUUUUUCUUUAUGGUUGCAUUCAUAUAUUUCUUUGUGGGAUAACGGAUAGGGGUCUAGCUUGGAGUCCAGUGGCUCUUGCUUCAAGUCCUGCCUCUGACCCAUAACCAGCUCUAUAAUGAGCUAUUUAGCCUUCGUAUCCUGAACACAUCUAAGACUACUGUAUAAGUCAUAUAUAACACCAGAUGAAUUGUUCAUCUGUUAGAUGGAAAGAGUUUCCACUUGGGGAGCCCCCUAGAUUGAAUACAUCAGCAAGCUGAACACUAGCAAAGAAAUAUGUUUGCCUCUAAGGAGAAAGGUGAGGGAAUAAGCAUUUAUAUCUCACCUUCUCUGUGCCAGGCACUAUGCUAAGUGUUUUACAAAUAUCUCAUUUAAGGAGGCAGCUGGGUGACUCAGUGGGUGGAGAGCCAGGCCUAGGGACAGGAAGUCCUGGGUUCAAUUUUGUCUCUUUCUGGACAUUUUCCAUUAUUCAUUUGUAUCUCUACUAACAAAUUGAGACAAGGAAUGAAUAAUUAUAUUUGUGCUGCUCAAUUUUACUGCUUGCUCUGGACAUUAUGAAUAUGGGGGAAUCUCAUGGAGGACAUAUAUGAUUGGAAAAGAAGAUAGGUCAGUUAUGACGGAAACUGAGGCUCAUUCACUUAUUCAGCAAAUAUAUUUUUUGAGCAACUACUAUUUGCAAGGCAUUGGGGAAUGCAAAAGUUAUUAAGAUAGAAUUGCUAUCUUGUGGUGUUAUGUUGGAGAAAUAAGAAAUGGAUAUAAAUACCCAUAAUAUAAUGGUCAGAUAGUUGGUGCAGUGGUUAGAAUGUGGGGCCUGGAGUCAGGAAUAUCUGAGUUCAGAUGUGACCUCAGAUACUGUGUGACCCUGGGCAAGUCACUUAUGCCUGUUUUCCUCAGUUUCUUCAUCUAUAAAAUGAGCUAGAGAAGGGAAUGGCAAAUCACUCCAGUAUCUUUGCCAAGAAAAGCCCCAAAGAGUCAGAACACGUGAAAUAACUGAACACACUUAUAAUAUAUUGUUGAAGGUGAAGGUACAAAAGACAGGUAUAACAAGCUCUCUUAGUUUAGGAGAUGGAGACCUUGUUUUAUUGCCAAGGAGCAAAUAAGACUUUAAUGGAAAAUUUGGCAUUUUAGAAUUGGCAUUGGUACUUUGAAGGGUAGUUAGGAAUUAGAUAAGCAGAGAGAGGAGAGAAGAACCUUCCACAUGGGAGGAAUAGAGUGGAAUAUGAUAAGUUUAGGCCACGAUGACACUAUUAAGUUUUGAUUUGGGAUUCCGAUUUCAGCCCUGACUUCUAGCUCAGGGAUCUUUCCACCAGAUCAUUCCAAGGUCAUGGAAUUACAAACAUUGGCACUAGGAAAUUGCUGACUGGUGUAUUCUAGAAAGUCUGUUGCAGAUUUAGCUAGAGAGACAUGUCUUUGCUGAGAAGAUGAUUUCCAUUCAUCUGUGAGUUAUGAAAGCUCAAAAAGAUGUUCAUUUUAGUAAAGGGAAAUUUGAAAUCUUAUGGAUGAAUGAAUGAAUGGAAAAAUCAUUUAUUAAGCACUAUGGGCAAAGCACUGUGCUGAGUGCUUCAGACAAAUACAAAAAACAGUCCCAGUUCUCAAGGAAUUCUGUAUAACAUGGGGAGACAAUACAGAUAAGGGUUCUGCUAUAAAUGAGGUGCUGCAGGAAAGCUGAUGGUCUUUAGUGUUAAUUUCAUUAAUAAAACUAUUUGGGUUUUUUUUUUUAACCCUCACCUUCCACCUUAGGGUCAAUAUUAUGUAUUUGUUCCAAAGCAGAAGAGUGGUAAGGGCUAGGCAAUGAUAAGGGCUAGGUUAAGUGCCUAGGAAGUGUCUGAGGCUAUAUUUGAACCCAGGACCUCCCAUCUCCAGGUCUGACUCUCAAUCCACUGAGAUACCGAGCUGCCCCCAUUUGAGUUUCUGAUACUGAAUUAUUUGAUAAUACCAAGUACACUGGUAGAGAGAACUUACUUUCAUUUUUAUUUUAUCUUCAAUAACUAUGGAGGUAGAAAGUGUAGCACCUAAAAAGACAGUUGCCAAGUCACCUAUCUACAAGGGUUACUUCCCUGGAUAAUAGCUGUAGGGUCAGUCUAGAAGCAGAGCUGGUGGCAUUUUUUAUUUUUAUUUUAUUUGGUCAAUUUCAAACAUUAUUCCUUGGUUACAAAAAUCAUAUUCUAUCCCUCUCUCCCCUGCUCUCCCCCUUCCUGUUGCUGACACGCAAUUCCACUGGGUAUUACAUGUGUCCUUGAUCAGAACCUAUUUCCAUAUUGUUGAUGUUUGCACUAGAAUGUUCCUUUAGGGUCUACCUCCCCAAUCAUAUCCCCCUCGACUAGUGGCAUUUUCAAAAGAGAAAUUGCUAUUACUGGUACUCUUGGGCUUACCUGCCCUAUGGUGACAAAGUGGUCAGCAGUUGGUAUAAGUGGUGGCAGAUGUGGCAGGACUCUUUUAAAGGCAGUUGUUUCUCUAGUUGAUGAUGAUGGGAGGGGAGCUCGGUGAGAGUGGUUGUUGGUCAAGGAUUUAUCCAGCCCAAUACCCUUAGUUUAUAGAAGGGGAAGACCAAAGAGGCAGAACAACCAUCCUUUGGGAAUUGGAGGCCCAAAGUAAGAUAAAGGGAGGUGAAAACAAACCCAUUUUUUUCCUUAAUGCAGUGAAAGUCAUGCUUUUACUCUAUGCCUCAGAGAAGGAUGGGGUCACUCUGACCACUAUAUAGUGGAUUCCUCUUUUCAGCUAGGAGGUAAAUUCCAAGAAAGUAAAACACUUUUGACAGGAGGAAGCUUUUUGAAUUAAGCAAGUAGGAAAUAGCAAUUUUUCUUGUCACCAAAGAUUUCCCGUUUGUUAAUAGGGAUACCAGUAAUCCCUCUGAGGGCACAGCAUGACUCACGGCUCCCAUGGGAGAGAGAUGAAAGAUCUUAGAGGUAAUUGAGAAAAGCUAACAAAUACUUUAUUGAAUGUUGAUUUUUUUAAGUGCCCUGACUGCUAUAGGAUAGGAUUCAGUUACCAAUAAAAUCCCAAAUUAUUUUACAACACAUAAUAUGUGACCCUAUAAAGUUCCUGUUAUUGUAUGUCUCAAUUACAGCAAAGGGCAACUUCCCAGAAAUAAUGUUGGGCAGAGGUAAGAAUUUAUCAUAUUGUAUAUAUAGGAAAACGGACACUGGCAGAUGUUUAUCUUCAUCUUCCCCAGCCCCUCCUUUCAGCACUCAUUUCUUUCUAUACUGAUUAUCAGCUGAUAUGAGUCAAGUUGGUUCAAGUUGGCUCCAGCUUACCUCUGACUUCUGGGGAGAAACUCUUGGCACUAGUUGAAUUCAGAGAUCCCUUCCAUUGAUAACAUUUUGGGAGGGAGGAUUUGUUCUCCUUUGUUUGAGAGAACCACAAGUAAUGGGUAGAAAUUUUGCAGAUCUUAAAAUUAUUUAGGCCUGCCUGGUGACAGGAAAAUCUCAAAUUAAAUGUGAUGCCUUGGGAUAUAAUGGUUUUCCCUUCUCUGGAGGCCUUGGAGCAGAGAUAAGAUGAUCCCUUGUCCAUCAAAAAAUAUUAAGCACCUAUGUGCCAAAGGCUGGGGGGUACCAAAGGUAAAAGACAAUUCUUGUGUUCGUUGAAUAUAUUGUAGAAUUCAUGUUCUUCUGGGUAUAGGUUGGAUUAGAUGGCAAUGAAAGUUUUUUUUGAAGAAUUUCCUAAAAGACCUAAAAGAAAUUAGACUGGAUUGAAAAAUACCUCCAAGAAGACUUCUUCAGGUUGCCAUUGACACUUAAUGUUGUGAUGAAAUAAUAUCAUUAUAUUUGUAAUUUCCAAAGCUUCUGGUACCCGUGGGACUAGCACAGACCUGGGAAAAGGUGGUCAGUGGCACUACUCACUUCUGUACUAGUUACUGGCCUCUAGUUCUGGAACCUUCUGCCCCCUAGAAUUCCUCUCAGACUUGGAGGCCUUCCAAGAAGAGCACCAUUGGAGUGUGCCCUUGUUGGAUCUCUUCUUGAGACUGGGUAAGGGAGCAAGUAAGGGCAAUCAUUGUUUAAUGCCAGUCAGCAGAGGACUGAGAUGGCAUACUUUGGAGACUGCUAUGGGAAGGAAGGAAGUACACACUCUUAGAUAUUGGCACACUGGGGUAAAGCGCCACUCAUUCAGCUAUAAUUAUGACUUUAGAUAAGUCUCCCACAAAGACUGAGCAAUUCUUAUCCCUUGACCAGGGUGCCCAUUUCCAUUGUAAAGAUGCCUGGAAAUGAUCUAGAUACCUAAUCAAUAAUCAGAAGUUUGCUUGGUGAGAGCAAAAAGAUUUGGACAUCUUAAAAGACAAAGAUGGAUCUAGACAUUUGUGUGCCAUAGGAAAGGUUUGACUUCAUCACCUGCUUUCUUCCCCUCUCCAUUAACCCCUAAAUGAGAAUAUGAACAUAAGCCUUCUUGUUAAAAGGUGUGGUGAAAAAAGGGUUAUAUUUAGAAUCAGAGGACCUCAAUGGAAUUUCCAUGACAUUUUUCCUUCUUAAUUCCCCUCUGGAAGUACUCUAGAUAGCCAACAUCCUACCCAAAAUGACAUAUUCAGGACCAAAUACAAUAUUACAGACAUGUUCUGAUCAGGACUAUUUUUAUGUGUGUACAUGGGCAUAUGUGUAUGCAUUUGAUUUGUUGAACAUCCCUAAUAAAUACAUUUUAUUUUACUACA